UUGAUAGUGAAUAAGUAAGAAUUUGAUUAUCUUAAAAUUUAUAACGUGAUUUCGUCAGACUUUGUAAAUAAUUUUUUAAAUACAAAAAAAAUGAUCCUCUCUGCCCUCGCGGCGUUAUCGUUGAUACGGAAUUUAGAAAAUUUAAAUGAAAUCGCACCCCCCGUUGUGCAAGCGGGUCCGGUCGGGAAAGAGAUUGGAGCGGUGAAAGAGCUGCAAUCUCGCGUGGCCGACAUAAUGUGGAACGAACAUGCGAAAGGUGCCUCAACAAUGCUACGCUGGCUCCGAGCGAAGAAGAUGGAUGUUAACGGGGCAGAAAAAAUGAUUCGUGACCACAUCGAGUGGAGGAAAAAGUAUAAUAUCGACAAGUUACGACAUACAGCACCAGACCCAAAGCUAUACAAGUCUUUAUGGUACAAUAUGACGGGUUUUGCCCGAAAUCAAAAUCCGGUCAUGCUGCUCCCCUUUGGGUCCUGGGACAUUCGAGGGUACAUGGAUGCAGGCGGGAAUCGAGAAGAGUUCGACCGUCACCAGGGCCAAAUGUGGGAAAAGGCGUUGGCAGCCGUGGAAGGGGUUGAGCUCAAGAUGAAGGGACCCCGCAAAGACAACUCUCCCGUCACGUAUAUCAUGCUGUGCGACAUGGGUGGCCUUCAGUAUCGACAACUUGCCAAUUUCAACAGUUUACAGUUCGUGUUAUCCAUGGUGUUCAAUUUCGAGAAUAAUUAUCCUGAGGUGAUCUACUAUGCGUAUCUGAUAAAUUCGGAUUGGGUCGUGGACACGCUGGUCCGUAUCAUCCGCCCCUUCAUGACGGGGUCCAUCGAUAAGCUUAAAGUUUACGGGGACCGAUCAAAAUGGGAAAAAGUAAUCCGGAAACAAAUCGAUCCCGCCAUUAUUCCCUAUCGAUAUGGCGGCUAUACGGAAAAAGAGCGGCAGAAGAUGAAACUUCCACCGUUACCGAGUUGCAAAUUUUGCUAGACAUGUGUUUAUGUAAAGCGUUUUGGAGGGGAUACACACGUGUAAAUAUUUUCUAAGGCUACAUAUAUUUAGAAAUGAUCAACUUUUUAAGGAAAUAAAAUAAACUUUGUUAAAUUUAA